CAUGCGUCUCGCCAAGCGGGAGUUUGAGAAGCGGAAGAAGUUUCUAAACAGUCUUUCCGUGAGUGAAUAGCAAGCUAACGUUACUAGCGUCGGAGCCGUGAUGUCUCAGAGAAAGAGAGCAUCCAACACACAGAGCUCCCAGAACAAAGGAGCACGGUCCCAGCGUUUGGAGGCGUUGGUAGGUGAUGAUGAGGAUGACCCGUCCUUCACCCAGCCCAGUACGUCUCAGGUACAGAAGGGUCUGGACAGAGUGACACCUGCUCAGGUCGACCUGAAGACAGCUGAGGUGGUCCAGUUCAUCUUCGUUAAGGACCAGAAAAAGAUCCCCAUCCGCAGAGCAGACAUAGUGAAACAUGUUGUGAAGGACUACAGGAACAUCUACCCUGAGAUAAUAAAGAGGGUGGGCCGUGUGUUUGAGACGGUGUUUGGGCUGAAGCUGGUGGAGAUCGACUCUAAGAACCACAUCUACAUCCUCAUCAACAAACUGGAGCAGCUGGAGGGAGAACCUCUCAACAUGAGUCCCAGUAAUCCAAAGACCGGUCUACUCUUCGUAAUCCUCAGCAUCGUCUUCAUGAAGGGGGGUGUGGUCAAGGAGAGUAUGGUGUGGAACACACUGAAGAAGCUGAGAGUUGAUCCAGGGGAGAGACACGAAAUCUUUGGAGACGUGAAGAAGGUCGUUACUGAUGAGUUUGUCCGUCAGAGGUAUCUGGAGUAUGUGCGAAUCCCACACACGGAGCCGUUGGAGUUUGAGUUCCGUUGGGGUCAGAGGGCGGACAUGGAGGUGUCAAAGGUCAAAGUACUGGAGUUCAUUGGACAGCUCCAUGGACAGGAUCCUCAGAGCUGGACUCAGCAGUACAGAGAAGCCACCGCCCCUCCUGCCGCCCCGGCAGUUAUCACCUCCGCUAACACGAGCGCCAGCGCUAGCCAGAGAUAGAGAUACUCCCCUCUGUUGGACUGUUCUGUCAGUGAAAGAAGAAGAGUGAAUCACAGACCAGUUCAUUCAGUCAUUGUUAUAUUCAUUUAAGGUGACAUUGUUUUUAAUUUGUCAAGUCCAACAAUAAAAUGAUUUUGUACUAAUUUUA